AAGACAUGUAAUAUUGACACUGACAGGUGACAGCUGCAAGCCCUAACCUAAAGCAGAAAAAUAAAAACACAAAUAUUUAUAUUGCAAAAUGAAGUUAUGUUAAAUAGAAAUAAUUAAAACUUAAUUUAAAGGACAACUGUUAACACCAGUAUGACGUAUUUUGAUAAAGUAUGCCGGGCAUGUUUGAAUGCCAAAGAAUCUUUUAAAUAUUCUCUAUUUGAUAAUGUUUCACCAGACUUUUAUUCAUUUUGUACAUCAGUUGAAGUGUACCAAAACGAAAAUUUACCUAAAACACUAUGUGAUAGUUGCUACGAUCUUCUUACAAAGGUUUUCAAUUUUAAACAAACAUGCAUCAAAUCCCAAAAUACUCUACUUGAAUGUAAAAAUAAUGUGAAAACAGAAAAUAAUGUAAAAAAUCUUAGUGAUGUAGAUAUAGGGAUAGAGGUAAAUAAUGAUGAUGACUAUGAAAAUGGAUUUGAACCAGAAACCAUUAAGAUGGAAGAAAAUGUGGACGAAUUAAAAAAUGAUGAUAACAAUGAUAUUAAUACUGAAAAUGCUAAUACAGAUGAUACUAAUACAGAUGAUGACUCAUCUAAUUGUAAUAGAAAAAGAAAGAAGAAAAUUUCUAACAGACUACAAGAAAUAUCAAAAAUAAAUUUAUCUAAACAAAGAAAAAGAAAGCCACAAAUUUUAUCGUGUAAACUGUGUAAGAAAUGUUUCAGUUUUCCAGAACGAUAUGAAGCACACAAAUUAGAACAUGAGGGUAAAAAAGUAACAAUAUGUUGUCCUACAUGUGACAAGACAUUUUUGACGUGGAGUGGUCUGCGGAGGCAUAAGGAGAGGCACAUACAGACUGAUCCCGAAAGUCUCAAAUGCCGCCAGUGUGACAAAGCAUUUAAGACCAGACACACACUCCGCAUGCAUCUGAACACGCAUAAAGAACGGAAGCUCUGUAUAUGUGAUGUUUGCGGAAAGAAAUUAAUUUCCAUUGGAAGUUUGAAGAUUCAUUUAGAAAGCCAUAACGAGAACAGAGUAAAAAAAUAUGAAUGUAACGAAUGCGGAAAGAAAUUCUUUGGAAACGCAAAUUUAAGAAGUCACAUAUCGAAAUACCACAGGGAGAGAAAAAAGUAUAUAUGUGAAUUAUGUUCAUUUCCAUUCAUAGAUAAAUACUGUUUAAAAAAACAUCUACGCUUACAUGAAGGUUUGAAGUUAUACAAAUGUGAUAUAUGUGACAAAGCCUGUGCUAGAAAAGUAGCUUUAAUUGAACACAAAAGAAUACAUACCGGGGAAAGACCGUUUACAUGUACCGAUUGUCCGAAGUGUUUUUCAACUAAGCAAAGACUAAAUGAACAUUAUAGAACUCAUACAGGUGAAAAACCACAUAAAUGUUUAGUGUGUAAUCAGGGCUUUUCACAACGAGGUACAAUGAAGAGGCAUAUGAAGGUACAUGAUAAAUUACCUACUACCCACAUCUAAUGUAUGUGUAAUAAAAAGAAAUAAAAUGUGUAAAGUGUUGCCAGCAAUGAAUAUCGCAUCAAAUAAUAAUUAACUAGAGAUCCUGAAAAGUUUCAGUUGUUCAGAAAAAUUGAAAUAAAACUAAUUUUCAUAAUUACCCUUUUUUAUUACUAAAACAGAUUAUCCUUAACACUUUGAUAUCACGAUUCAUAAAAAAUUGACUGUUUUUAUUUUUAUGCGUUACACGCUUUAUAUUAUUUGAUAUAUAAAGAUUUGUGAGUUGUACAAAUUGGCUGGAAUAACAAUUUUCUUCUAUUAAUAUUUUCUUUGCUACACCAUUUCUUCAAUAAGCUUGUGAGGUUAUAAAAAUGUACUCAGAUUUUCUUAGUUUUGUACUCAUUACUCGUCCAACAUUUAGAUUAUAUCACAAACCCUCCAGAAGUAAGUUAAAUUAAAUACACUGCAAUCCUUAUAAACAUAAUGAAUGAAUGAAUGGCUGAACUCUCAACUGCCCCUGUACUAAAUUGUCUGCACCUUGUUAGAGUAAUAUACUAGUAUAUAAAUUACGGGGAGGCUGAAAACCAGCGCGGCCUUCAGUGACAAGCUGGAGGCAGCAUCAGCUGAGCCUCUUCCCAUUUAGCCAAGAACAAUUUUUUUUUUGUUUUUCUCUUUAAUCGAUAUCCUUAUAAGUGUGAUUUGUUUUGUUUUUGGCUAAUAAACUGGAUUUUUUUUAUUUA